GACGUAACCAUGUCGAUCAUAGCGUACAUGGUUUCUUUUUUCUUUGUCCAAUUUUAUUUAGGGCCCAAAAAUGUGGCUACCGCACAGGCAACACUUGUGGAAUCACUAGAUUCAUCAACAGAAAUUGCAAAUUCCAUAGAAGAAGAUGAAGGUUAUUUCAUUCAGGAUCGAACAGUUGAACGUUUACAUGCCCUUCAUCAUUUUGUCGACGACCGGAUUUCAAAACUGCUAUCUAUGGAUCAAAAUCUUCCCUUUGUCAAACUACUAAAAGGUAUUUGCCCCGAAAUGCUUGUACAAGAACCCGUGAAGGGCCUAAAAUUCCAGUGCCAUGCGUUGAAGACAAACGAUUGCUUUUGUUUCAGCCAUAAAAAGGCAAGCAACUUGGUACAGAGCUGCGGCUUUUUGUCGCCAGUUUGCGAUGACAUUGGCAUAUCCAUUUCAAGGCAAUCACGAAGUUGCGCUAUGGGUCAGAAACAAAGUAUAUGACCCAUCAGUGGUUGCAAAAAGAGGCGAUGCGUACUGGACUAGCGCAAUCGAUCGUUUCAUUCCCGGAGAAAUGAUAUGGAUGAACACUGGGCAUCGCCUAGACCAACCAGAUAAGAAUAACAGCAGCGCAAGUGAAAUCGAAUCUUGCCUGAAGUUAUCGAUUCCCAAUCCGCCCAACACAACGAAUGGCAAGGAAGAGAAGCUGCCCUUAAACUACAUUUUCUCAUCGUGUUUCGAUGAAAAUUACUUUAUAUGCCAUAAGUUUCUUAACUUUUUUCCCCUUCAGACAGCCAACGCAUGACUCCUAAUGUCGUCCCCGAACUACUUUUGAGUUCAUGGACUCUGACGGAAUGAUUUCUCCAAUAAGGGGAAAUUGCCUUUUCGCGUUUUGCUUAUUAAACAGCUUAUUUCCAACUGUUAUGUUCACAGGAAAAAGAAAAUAGGGCGAAGUUCAUUCCCGCUACUUUCCUAGUUACCUCCGCCUCAUCGGUUACUUCAUCAUCGCACUUUGUUCACAUACUACGUGCUGGUCACUGUCAGAGUUAGUGUUACGUUGACCGUUCCAGUUUAUUAACUACAUAGUUAUGGUUUAUGGGACUUCUUAAUUUCUCAUAGUAGCAUUAUUGUCCUUUACAUGGCGGUGAGGUCGUAUGCUCUGUCUGCAAAUAGUUAUGCUAUACACAUUUCGUCUAUGGCAAUCCGUUUUACCAAAAAAAAAAAAAUUAUGUAUAUAUCAGUA